AUGCUAAGCGAAGCAGUAGCCAUAGUGUGUGCACCAUCUCAUAAUCAAGUCGGUACAUUUGUGAUGACAUCCUACGGCAUGGGUGUUGUGGAGAGUUGUACCGAGACCGGAUUCCAUCUCCAUCCGGAAGCGGAGAAAUAUGAGGAAAUGAGAUAUCCUAAAAAGCCUUCGGCACGCCCUAAAUCUGCCCUUUCUACAAGAGGUGACGCAGGAGUUGCAGCCAAAAACAGAUCUGCACAACGCCGCAGCCUGUCCACCAAUACCGAUAAGGGUGUGGUCAAAAAGAAGGCAAAGAAAGAAACGAAGGAAGCUGAAGAGGAAGAGAACGACGAGAUAAACACUGAUAACGAAGAUGCCGAUUUGAGCGAAGCGACCUUUGGCAGCUAUGAGAAAGUGCUCAUACCUGAAGUAAAGAAUGAGGGGGAUAUAGAAUACUGCGGAGGCUUUGGGACUAGCAGCAAAGAUGUGGAACCUGAUGUCCGUCGAAGUAGGCGAAAUGUAGCACGAAAGGACUACUCCGUGAAACAGGAAAGUGAUGAUACCUUAUCGAGUUCACCGCAGUCAAGCGGCAGCGAAAAUGUAUCAGAUGCAAUGAAAUCUGAGGCGAGCAUUGAUAAUGACACUAUGGAAGAAUCAGAUGCAUCAUAUGACAGUGAUGAGAGUUUUGAAGUGAUUCCGCAGAAACGUGCCAAAAGCACAAAGAAGGCGAAGCGUGUGGCAGGUUCUUCGCUUCCACAGGCUUCAAAACUAGACAAGCCCCGGCAGGCGGGCGAUUCUACCGCAGAGGGCAUCGUUGUGCCGCCGAGACCGCUCAGUAAAGGGGAAAGAAAGAUGAUGAAGUUCAGGAAAUUUGCAUCAGGUCUGGCGCAUGGACGAAACUUCGAAUUGACCAUGGAGGAAGGUUGCAAACUUAUGCAGGGACUAAGGGCUCAAUCCACUGCUGUUCAAGCUGCCAUUUCUACUUCUUUGGCUCAAAAAGAGGCAGCGAAGGAAAGUGAUUCUUCAUCCGAAGACGAGUGGGAGGAAAUGGAGCCCAUAGAUAUCGACGAAUCUGAUGUUCAAGUUACGCUGGAAAAGGGUGAAGAAAAAGAUUGGUGGGCAAUCUUUUUACGCCAAGAAGUCAACAAGCUAAUCCGAGCAAAUUGGGAAAAUGCACACAAGGUUAACUUACUUUGCUGCAUUGGUCAUCUGCAGUUUCUGAGAAAAAUCGUGCUGGAAGAGAAUCUCAUUCCUUCUUUGAUGUUGACUAUAAUGCCAACUGGCUAUCAGAAACUGGUAGGGGAGCCGCUUACCAUAGAAGAUGUACGCAAAAUCACCAAGUGGUACCACAGCGCUUUUAAACCAUCAGGUGACUCAAUUAAAUAUGAGGCUGGUACAUGUCGAUUCGAUGCAACUGCUCGCUUAUCUGAAAUGGUCUCUCAACAAGUUUUUGAAAACGAUUCCGAUAGAACAGUUGUAAGAUUAGAGUACUCUGACAAAGAUGUCGAUGUCAAGAGAUUUCGUUUCAGCUACUUUUUGCUAUUUUCGUAGCC